UAUUGACAAUAGAUAUGAAAGAUUAAAAAAUAAAAAUUUAAGGGGAGAUAAUCAAGAAAGGAUAAGAAGCAGAAGAAGAGAAGUAACCAUAAUUGAUAACAAUGAAAAUGAAAAAUUAGUUGAACAUAAUGAAGAAAAUGUUAAAAAGGUAGAUGAAUAUGAAGAUAUUAUAAAAAAUAUUAAGGAAUAUAAUAAAAAAGACGCAGGUGAUUAUAAUGAUGAAGAUGACGAUGAAGAUGAUGAUGAAGAUGAUGAGGAAGACGAUGAGGAGGACGACGAUGAUGAAGACGAUUCCGCUUCAGGUGAUGAUUAUAUGAAUGAAGAAAAUAACGAAAGAAUUAUGAAACAUGAAUUUAUCUUCAAAACAUCACGAAGGACUCUUAUGGAAAAUAAAAACAAAGAAGAAGCAGAGAAAAAGGCCCUACAAAACCUAAACGAAGAAAAAGAAUUAAUAGAAAUAGAAAAAAAAGAAAAUGCAAUAAAAGAAGUUUUAAACCAAGACAUGUUAGAAGAAAAAUUAAAAAAUAAAGAAAAUAAUGUUUUUUCCUCAGAAGAAGAUUUUGAGGAAGAUGAACAAGAUGAAGAAUUAAAUGAACAAGAAUACGAAUUGUGGAAAAUAAGACAUAUCAAUAGAUUAAAAAGAGAUGAAUUAGAUAGAAAGAAAUAUGAAAUCUUAGAAUUAGAAAUAGAGAAAAGAAGAAAAAUGACAGAUAAAGAAAUUAUACAAGAUAAUAAAACAUUACCAAAUAAAGAAAAGAAAAAGAAAAGAAAAAUGUUAUUUAUGCAAAAAUAUUAUCAUAAAGGAGGUUUCUAUCAAGAUUUAUUUGAAGAAGGAAAAGAAGAAAUAUAUUUAAGAGAUUAUAAUGAACCAGUAUAUGAAGAUAAAAUUGAUAGACAAAACUUACCAAAAGUAUUGCAAGUAAGAAGAGGAAAAUUUGGAAAACAAGGACAAUCCAAAUAUACACAUUUAUUGGAUAAUGAUACAUCUAGAAAAGAUUCUUUGUGGAAUAAUAUUGAAUCUAAUAUUAAAUUCAAGGAGAAGAAAAAAGAUCAAUUUGAUAGACCUACAUAUAGAAAAAAAAAUUAA